UGGGGUUAUUUUAGGACCCUGUCUUUAUUUUCUUGUCUAUUUCCUUGGUUACCAUGGCGACCUCCCCUUUCCUAAAUCUCCCUUUCCUCUCUAGGUGAUGGCGUCUGUGUUUUUCUCUGCUCCUCUGACGUGGAGACGGAGCACACAUGCAGUGUGUUGUCUCUGUCUCUCUCUGCCGAUGAUUGUGGAGUGCUGGAGGACAGACAACAACCAACUGAUAGAGCCCGCUUCCAAAGGGAAUGUGUGAUAGGGUUGUCAGUGAGCCAUACAGUAGAGCUGUCCUGUUCAUUUGGGCCUCCUGUGUGUUUGCUAAGAGAACACUUUCACUUCUAUGAGGUGAAGUGACCUCACUUUUACCGGUCUUGCACUCUAUCCUAAUGCUCUAAACUAUAAGUCUUGACCACUAAGCAUCAUAUAUAAGACCUUCCCUUAGAACGCACUCUGAACUGUGUGUAGCAAAACCACAGUUACAAAAGAGGAAGUGCUCACUACUUGCUUAUUUCCUUCCGCAUCCUCUCAUUUUUCUUUAUAUCCGUUUAUUCCUUCAUUCGUCCUUUUUGUUUCUCAUAGAAAUGUUUUAAUUGGUCCUGAAUUGGGUGAAGUUUGUUUGACCUGUCAUCACGUGUCAUGUUUCUGGAGAACUGCUUGUCAGAUUGGCUGCACUUCCUUUUGUAGCACGGCUAUUUGGAUUGAUUCAGUGUUGACGUCAGUCAGGAAGCUGUACACAGGAGUUCCCCUAUUCAGUCUGCUUGCUGCUACUGCUCUGAAGGGGAUAUGGAGGAUUUUCCUGAUAUGUACCAGGGGAAAGACCCUGAGGACAUUGAAUCUUUCCAGGGUGAGAGGAGGAAGAUCAUUCAGCCGACAUCGUUGAAAGAUCCCAAACUUGAAAAGCUGAAAUCGGUUUUGGUUAACUGGAUCAACAGUACUUUGAAAGAGGAACACAUCGUAGUGCAGAGUCUGGAAGAGGACAUAUUUGAUGGCCUAAUCCUCCAUCACCUCCUUGGGAGGUUAGCUGAAGUGCUUCUGUCUGUGGAGGAGAUAGCGGUGACCAGCGCUGCUCAGACACGCAAGCUGGAGGUCAUCCUGGAGGCCCUGAAUGAGAAACUGGGGCUACAGGACAGCUCUCUCAGCAGGUGGAGUGUCAAACUCAUUCACAGCAAAGACUUGCUGGCCACACUCCAUCUUCUGGUUGCCAUGGUGAGGUGCUUCCAGCCUAAUCUGGAGCUUCCCCCAAAUGUCAGAGUGGAAGUUCUCUUGUUGGAGGUCAACAGAAGUGGAAUCAAAUCAGAAAAGGAAAUAGAGAUUCUUACAGAUGAAAGCGAUUCAGCUACCGACGCCCUGAGCAGCUCAGACAGCGAGGAUCCCAUUGAGCAGCUGCUGAAGCUGGAACCCCACAAGAUCAACACAGUAAAGCGGGCCAUCAUGCACUUUGUCAACAAGAAGAUGUCAACCUUGGGACUACAGGUGACAGACAUGGAGAAACAGUUUUCAGAUGGUGUUAUUCUCCUUCUGCUGAUUGGACAGUUGGAGGGCUUCUUUGUUCCACUCUAUGACUUCAACAUCACCCCAGUCAACGCUACUGAGAUGCUGCAGAAUGUGACCGUGGCCCUGGACCUCCUGAAUGACAUAGGGCUACCCACGACCAACAUUGAGCCCCAAGAUAUAGUCUCUCAGGAUGUGACAGCUACCUUGAAGGUCCUAUAUGCCCUGUUCAAGAAGCACAAAAGCAGAUGAGAGUGGGAAGAACACGGACGAGGACAUUAGGAGGUGAUGACGCCAGAAGUCCUUUGCCUGAGGUGUUUUUCCCCAGAAUAAUAGGCUGAUUCCCUCUGUGAAAUUACAGAAAAAUCAUAUAUCGAUUCUAUGUAAAGCUUUGUGUCAAUAAAAUUGUACUGUAUGUGCCAUAGUUUGAAUAGCAUGGGAAACCAAUCCCCGACCGCAUUCCCCUUUGAAGAUCCAAGUCAUCUCAAAGUAGUCUGGAAUUGUGACUGAGUAUCCUAUUGUGUUCUAUGAAGAUUAUUGACACAAUGUGGACACCUUUGGACAUGACACCCUCGUUCUCUCUCAAUUCAAUUCAAUUGGCUUUAUUGGCACAUGGGAAACAUAUGUUAACAUUGCCAAAGCAAGUGAAGUAGAUACUAUACAAAAGUGAAAUAAACAAUAAAAAUGAACAGUAAACAUUACA